AUGGCGCGAGGAACAGAAAGCUGGAAGGCCGCCAACCACAAGCGCUUACCACAAAAUAAAGGCAAGAACAACAAGCCGCUGACGAGACGAGAUGAGGUCGAACACGCCGUAUCGACGGUGGCGUUGGCACUUCAACAACAGUGUUUGAACAAAUUCCGAGAUGCAUUACCGUCCGGGGACGACGAUGCCACCCUCCUCCAGGAAGUUAAAGGUCACCUCUACAAGCGAGACUUUGCAGCGGCCUUUGGAAAGCCCGAGUACCUCCGAAUCUAUGCAGCAAGAUGGAGUCCCAGUCGAGCUCUCGGCUACACUCAGAUCCUCCAAGACCUUUCAGAUGAGUUGCUCGCCGGUCUAGACGAGAGCAGGACACUUCGGACGGUGUGUCUAGGCGGCGGCGCAGGAGCAGAGCUCAUCGCACUCGCGGCUUGGUUGCACGAGCAGCUCAGCGCAGACACCGAGGUCAAGGUGCAGGCCAUUUUUCUGGAUGUCGCAGCAUGGGACGAGACGUUCGUGAGCCUAGACGAGGCCGUGAAAAAGCCCUCAGUCCUCUCGAAAUAUGCCUCUGCAGCAGCUCAAGCGGCGAACGUCGCCAUGCUGCCAUCCGAAAACGCACUCCAAGCACAAUUUCAGCAACAAGACAUCCUCCAGCUCGACGACCAGGCAAGCAGAGCAUUAUACCAAGGCGUGGAUUUCAUCACUCUCAUGUUCACGCUGAAUGAACUCUACUCCACAUCCGUACCCAGCACACAAAGAAUGCUCACUCGGAUCACGGAAGCAGCACGGCCCGGAACACACUUGUUGGUGGUGGACAGUCCGGGGAGCUAUUCGACCGUGUCCAUUAAUGGUGCGGAGAAGAAGUAUCCCAUGCAGUGGCUCCUUGACCACACGUUGCUGGGCACGCAGCAGAAGCGCGGGGAAGAGGAGACGGCGGCGAAGUGGAAGAAAGUGGUUUCGGAUGAGUCGAGAUGGUUUCGCUUGCCUGAGAAACUGGAAUAUCGCCUGGAAUUGGAGAAUAUGCGAUAUCAGAUUCAUCUGUACUGUAGAGAGCCGAGUACUAUGCGUUAAGUGAUACAGGGGGCACUCGAAGGCUCAUUAUUAUUACC